AUGCGCAGCCUGUUCCUACGUGGUACAGAGUGCAAUCGGAUCAACGGCUUGUACUUUUCAUCUAUCUAUCUAUCUAUCUAUCUAUCUAUCUAUCUAUCUAUCUAUCUAUGUUUACAAUUUUCUUUCUUUCUUUUUUCUAUCUGUUUGAUUCUGUUCACAUCUAUCUAUCUAUCUAUCUAUCUAUCUAUCUAUCUAUCUAUCUAUCUAUCUCACUCUCUUCAUAUCUGCCUGCUCAUAUCUAUGUAUCCCAUUCUGUUCGUAUCUAUCUAUCUAUCUAUCUAUCUAUCUAUCUAUCUAUCUAUCUAUCUAUCUAUCUAUCAUUUUGUUAAUGUUGCAAAGUUAUUUUUAUUUAUUUAUUUUCUUUCUUUUUUCUGUCUUUCUUUCUUUCUUUCUUUCUUUCUUUCUCAGUCUGUUCAUAUCUAUCUAUCUAUCUAUCUAUCUAUCUAUCUAUCUAUCUAUCUAUCUAUCAGUCUGUUCAUACAGUGA